AUGCCGUCGUCUCAGAAGCGCGGUUUAUCCCCCAUUAUAGAUGCAGUCCCUCCACACCCGAGUGUUGCUGCUGCGCCCCUCCCACAGGCGCUGCAGCAGCAGCAGCAACUGCAGCAACUGCAGCUGCAGCAGCAGCAGGCAUCUGAGAGGCAGCUCAAGAGGCAGCGGCUACUUAGCUUAGAGGGUAGCUAUCGAAGAGAGCGAACCCCUCCGUUCCAGCCUGUCUUGAAGCAGCAGCAGCUACUGCAGCAGCAACAGCUGCAGCAGCAACAGCUGCAGCAGCAACAAGGAUCGGAGCAGCCACACUCUGUGCUCCCUCAGCUGCAGCAGCAACUGCAGGAGCAGCAGCAGCCAUGUGCCUCCUCAGGCCGCAAACGUUUCUUUUCAUCAGAGGCGCCUCUGCCUAAGUGCAGCCGCUUAAAGACAGCAGCAGCUGCAGCAGCAACAGCAACAGACCCAGUAGCAGUAGCGGCAGCAGUAGAAGCACCGACGCCAGCUCUAGGAGGAGCAGCAGAACCACCGUCAGCAGCAGCUCCAGCAGCAGCAGCAACAGCAGCAGCAGAUGUGGGGCCCGCAGCUCCCCCUUCCCCAGCAUCUUCUUGUGUAGCCCUUGUGCCUUAUGUGGAGAACCCUCCAUUUGAGCCCUUGCUGCGGCAGCUACAGCAGCAAGCUUUGCUGCUGCCGCCGCAGCAGCAAGAGCUGUUGCUGCAGAAGCCCGUGGACCCCAUUGCUGCACUGGCAGAGCUUCAGCAGCAGGAGCAGCAGAUUGACGGCCUAACUGCUGCAGCAGCACUGGGGAGGGAUGGUUUGCUGCUACUCCCUGCAGCAGACGAAGACUCAGAAGAUGAAGAGCUGGAGCAGCAACUGCAGCAGCAAGAGCAACUGCAGCAGCAAGACCAACUACAGCAGCAGCAGGAGAAUCAGGAAGAGGACUCGCUGCUGCGCACCGCCUCCCAAACGUCGCAAGGAGCAAUGAGUGUCGAUUGA